AUGCAUGUGAACUUUGUUGCUAAUCAUUAUAUUGACCCCAUUCGAAGCUUCGCAUCUCCUUACUGGCAGUGUUGUUUCCGCGUGAUUUGCUUUGGUAUUUCGCUUAAGAAUGCACCUGUGUUCAAGCCUGCUACCGGCGGGCAGGAACUUAAGCAAGCUGUUUGCGGACCCAAACUUCACCAAGUUAUCUCUGGUGGAUUCUCGGUUUUCGUUCAGAUGGCCACUGAACUGAUGAACCGUUCCCGUAGCUUGGCCGAAGGAGCUGUGGUCAUGGUAUGCCCAGUGCUUCUAGCAGUAACUCUUGACAAGGUCGACCUCAAAGUGUAUGGGCGCUCUACUUUCUUCGCCAUGCUUGCCAUGGCAGGUAUCACUUUAAUAAGUGGUAUCUGCCCCUUGCUCGUGUGCUGCUUCUCCAAGAGGUUCCCGAACAUGGGUAACAUCAAGCCUGCCCCGGUGACCACGAUCCUGGUGACCCUUUCAUCUUCUUGCCUCCUCAUCCUCGCCUGCUUCAUCGCGCAGCUCGUUGUCUCCAAACAAGUUCUAAUCGUCGUGGGCGCCUUGUGUGGAGCCUUCGUCUUGGCUCGAACGGUCAUCUACUACAUUGGAGGAGAUGGUAAAACACAUUCACCGGAGCUGCACAAGGAUGAAUCGCAUGAGUUCUUGACGGGUGUGACUGCAAUCCUCUUUCUGGGGCUCGAAGGUUUGGCACUGGAAGGUCAUGAGAAUCAGAUGGUUCAAAAGGCCGGGCCUGUGGGCACCAUCAGCUUCAUAGUGUGCGCUCUUGGCGUGUGCAUGAUGUACCUCGAGAUGAUCCCCCCUUCACGUUUGAAGGAAUUGGGAGGGAUUGUGUGUUUUACUCUGACGCUAGACAGCAUCAUGGCUGGUGGUACCUUCACGGUGUUGAUGGUUGUCAUGUUUAAGUUCAUGGGGCCUCCAUCCCUGGUGCUCUUCGCACCCCCGGUAUUGAUCAUCGUCGAACUUGUGUACCAAGUCACCGUUGAUGGGAGAACGACCCUUCCCAUCAUCCACGCCGACGGAGUUAACCCAGCGUCCACACCGGCUUCAUUGGAAAUGACAAGAGUCACCUUCAUUGGGUUCUUGGUUGUGUCGAUAACAGCCAUCCGCAACCCUUCGCCCAGCAUGUUAACCAGUUGUUUCCUACUAUUUGCGGCAUCGGCUAUUGUGUUUGGUCUCUCAUGGAGGCUCCUGUCACAGACCCAGAUAACGAACCGUCUGGCGCAAAAUCAUGCUUCACCUGACAUUGUUGCUUCCUCUGCCGACCUGGCUUCCUUAUGCACACAUUUCUGCAUUGUAAUCACUAUGAUUCUAUUCCUAGCAAUGGCCGGGACAGCCAGAGGAAAAUGA